CUCCUUAAUCGUUAGUUGUAAUCAUCGUACUUAUCAUUGUUCGCCAUCGUAUACAUCGUGCAAAUAAUGUACGUAUUUAACCUCGAUAUACAAACGUUAUAUAUAAACAAGAAACAAAAAUUUUCUUUAUUGUAUUAAAAGCGAAUAACAUCAACACAGUCUGAAGAUACCUGUGUAUUUACGCGCGCUUUAACGCACAUGCUAUCCCCUAUGGGAUGCGUACCAACUAGCUACAAUACUAUAUUCGAAUCUCGUUACAAAUCGAUACAUCGAAAGUCGACAUUUCCAACAAUACCGGUAUAAGACGUAUUUAUCGCAUUUUUCGUGCUUGUUGUCAGUGCAGAGACGUAUAUACGUGAUAAAUAUAAGUAUUUCUUCGUUUUUAAUGUUAUAAUUUUAAUAUUAGUAUAUAAUUUUGUAACACGAUAUUGCUUCUAUUAAAUAUUCAGAGUUCAUAUCGCGACGUUAAAAAAUGUCUAAGAUAUUCACGCCAACGAACCAAAUAAGAUUGACAAAUGUUGCGAUUGUACGAAUGAAAAAAACUGGUAAAAGAUUCGAAAUAGCAUGUUACAAAAACAAAGUCGUUUCAUGGAGAAACAAACUAGAAAAAGAUAUAGACGAAGUGCUUCAAACUCACACGGUUUUUACAAACGUAUCUAAAGGUCAAGUAGCCAAAAAGGAAGACCUUAUAAAAUCAUUUGGUACAGACGAUCAGACAGAAAUUUGCAAAGAAAUUCUUGCAAAAGGUGAACUCCAAGUUUCUGACAAAGAAAGACAUCUAGCUUUAGAUUCCAUGUUCAAAGAUAUUGCUACUACGGUUGCUGAUAAGUGUGUAAAUCCUGAAUCAAAAAGACCAUAUCCAGUAUCAAUGAUAGAAAAGGCUAUGAAAGAUGUACAUUUUUCGGUUAAACCAAAUAGAAAUGCAAAACAGCAAGCUUUGGAUGUUAUUCCACAACUUAAAGCUGUUAUGCCAUUAGAACGAGCACAGAUGAGACUAAAAGUUACAAUAUCUGGAAAAGAAGCAAGAAAAUUAAGAGAAAAAAUUAUUAAAUUGGCGACAAAAGUAGAAAGCGAAAAUUGGGACAAUGGAACAUUAGAUUUAAUCUGUCUAAUAGAUCCUGGCCAAUUCAGAGAAAUAGAUGAACUAGUAAGAUCUGAAACAAAACGUACUGGAUUAUUAGAAUUGCUGAAUUUAAAAGAAAUUGCAGAAGGAGAUGAAGUGUUAGAAUAAAUUAUAAAAAAAAGUAAAGAUACCUUUAAUUAUAUAAAAUGUAUCUUGUUUUAAGUUGUUAAAAAAAUAGUGCACAGAAAUGUUAUAUCUUGUACUGUACAAGUUUUGGUGCUAUAAGAUUUAAAAGAUAAAUGUAUUAUUUAAUUUUGCACUAUUGUAAUGUAAACAUUCAUAAAACUUUUUAUGUAUUUAUUAGGUUACUCAGCUAAGAAAAUUAAUUACAAUUAAAUAUACAAAUAAUUUUUAUUAAUAAUCUAAACAUCUACUUGAAACAUAGAUGUUCUAUAUAUAUAUACAUAAGAAGUUAUUAAGAUUUUUUAUUUUAUUUUAAUAAACAUCAUUUCGUGUGUGUACAUAAUCGAGAUACAAGAUAAAUUAUUUAAUAAUGAAAUUCAAUACUCUUCUCUUUCUCCACACACAUACACACAUACAGAUGCACAUACAUACACACACCCACACAUGUUAACUCACACAAAAUUCCUACUUCAUUAUUUAACUCAUUCGUGAUACAAUUUGCAUAAAUUUUUUUGUCAAAAAUCCUACUCUCUUGGGAGUUGCAUCUAACUAUAAGAUUAUCCGAAAUGAUGCAUCCUUGUAUAAUUUUCUAUCUAUCUUGUUUAGAUUUGUAUUUCCUAUAAAAAUGCUUUAAUAAUUUCACAACAAAUAAUACACUUCUAUGGAAUA